AUGAAUGAAAUUUUACCAGAUGUCUCAGUACGUAAUCCUUCUUGUUCAGCGGAUAUUAGUAGUCUGCAUUAGGUGAGCAUAGUUCAGGCACUUGAUCAUCGAUAAGCUAAUAGAGUAGGUCGACCAAAAUAUAAAGGAAGAAUUUGUAUUUGUUGUGGUUUGCAAAUUGAAAGAGAAAGCUUUAAUUUUGGAAUAUCGAGUAAUCAACUGGGGUUUUUAGGUAGUAGUUAUCCUUUAUAUUUUGACUUCAUCAAAUCUUGUUUAACCAUAAUUGCCAUCUAAUAUAUAACAGUUGGUAAUUUUUAAUUAAUUACUCAUAUUGGAACCUUGUUUGAAUUGUCUGAAACUGAAAAACGAUUGUAAUAAAAGUAAGACGUAUUAAGUUUAACCGCUUUAUACUUUGCAAUGAUCUACUUAAUAUAUUUUAGACAUAAUUAAAUUAAGCUAGAUAGUUUUUGUGAUUUAAAACAAACAACUCUAGGAGAUUACACAGUCAUAUUUCAAGGAUUGCCCUUGGAUUUACCACGAGAAGAAUUAGAACUGAAAAUACAAGAGGAGUUUGAGAACGUAGUAAAAGUGUGCUUUAUUUUCAAAUAAAUAAUUUAAAAAAAAAAAAACUAGAGAAUAUUUUUGGAUUAAUUAUGA